CGUCCGGGUGAGUGGGGGGAAGGUGCACGUGGGUUGUUGUCAAGCGGCGCAGCGAAGCACCGCGUCUCUUUCAGUCGUAUAGCGUACAACGUCAACGUGUUAGCAUCACGUCGAUGUAGGAGUAAACUAGUGAAGGUGGAAGGGAAGCUUUAUCCGCCAUUUCAGUUCUCGCUUUAUACUUUACGGCCAUAUUCAAUCCGCCGCUGGAUGAAGGCCUCUCGCUCCCCAGGGGCCGUGUCGGGCCACGAGGCUUUGUUUUGACCAUACCUCACCACGCCGGUCACUGUGGCGGUUAGUGAAGUGAAAGAGCCUCGGGUAUCACUCGAUCCUGGAAUUGAAACUCGGCAGCGCCGGUUCAGAGUACAGCUUCGCUAACCACUGCGCCCCCUAUACCUAGUCAAACACUGGAGCUGUAUUAAUUUUGCCCAGGAAAAAACGCCGAUUGGGACUCUGAAGUCAAAUCUAGGGGUUUUUCCUCUCUCCAAGGAUCUAAUAAUGGGUUUAAAAACAAAACAUCGGAUGUAACGUCACACUCCACGGGAGGCAAAUUACUGGGUUCACUGACGAUGGUGGUAUCUUAAUCAAGCGUUCAGCAGGAGACUUGGAGCAAUACAUGAAGUGAGGAUACAAUUGAUCAGUAUCUGGGCCAUCAAUCUUUGUUGGGUCUCAGUUUGCAAUAUUUCGAUUUGAGUAUUUUUUUUAGGACAGAACUACAUUUGUACAGUACAACAUUUCGGCUCGUUAUUCCUUCCAGAACAUGAUGUCAAUUUAAAUCCGUCCUUGCAUAAGCCGCAUUCCAAUUACUGCAUCUGGAAACGCAACUUUCGCCUUCCUAAAAUCGCGGUCAACUAAAAAAAAACUACACCCCUGCAAAUACCGGCGGAGGCUGUUUGUUGGCAACGUUCAAGACGCGCCGAGGCCCAUCUUGACGCAGCUGGUGCCGCACCGCCAGUCGUGGGUCGAGCCGGUCGAGCCGGCCAGGCCAGCGUGCGCGCCCUCAUCCACCUGCGGCCGAUGUCGUCCGGCGGCGCCCGUGACGGCAACGACGAGGACGGAGCGAGGAGGAUGAUGAGGAGGAGGAAGAAGAAGAAGACGGGUGGAAGGGACAAGAGGGUGGACACGGCUCGGGAUGGAGGACACCGCUCGCUGGUGCUCGCCAGGGACCUGGUGGAGGCCAAGGACCCGGGCACGGGCUUCGCCCAUUACCUCCUAGCACUCACCUUGGUGCCUGCGCUUCGGUCAUCCGUGCAGGCCGAGUUCCGGGAUUGCGCCCGCGCGUGGACGAGCGAGCUGGAGGAGCUGGGUCGUGCGCGCGACGCCUUCGACUGCUACGAGCAAGCGCUGGCGCUCUACCCCGAGGACGAGCUCAUCCUCAACGGCAUGGGCGAGAGCCUCUUCAGACUGGGCUUCUGGGACGAGGCGGCCGCCUGCUUCCUGCGUGCGCUGCGAUCCGCUCCGGGGUGGGCGCCGGCGAGGGAGAACUUCCGCCGCGCCGCCAGCUGGCUCCUCGAGCGCUGGCACUUCCCCAUGCUCAACGACCGGCGGCGCAACGAGGCCUACCGCGACGCCCUGCGCCGCGCCGUCGCCAAGCGCGGGGGCACGGGCUGCUGCACGGUGCUUGACAUCGGCGCGGGAACCGGCAUUCUCAGCAUGUUUGCGCGGCAGGCCGGCGCCAGCCGCGUGUUCGCCUGCGAGGUGUCGCGCACCGCCGUGCAGCUGGCACGCGAGGUCCUCUCCGCCAACGGCUUCGCCGGCGACGUCUCCCUCCUGCACGCGGCGUCGAACGACCUCGCGGUGCCGCGCGACCUCCCCGAGAGGGUGUCGUUGGUGGUGACGGAGACGAUGGACGCGGCGCUGCUGGGGGAGGGAAUCGUGGAGAGUCUGAUCCACGCCUGGCGCCACCUCCUCCUGCCCCCGCCGCCCACGGCGACGGUGAACGGCGCCGACGCUGGUGUUGGUGCCGGGUGCGGGCAAGUGAUACCAGCAGGCGCCACGGUGUACGCCUGCGCCGUGGAGUGCCCUGAGAUCCGGCGCUAUCACCGGCUGUGCGUGCGGGAAGCCUGCGGGACUCGUCUGGACACAGGCGUCGCCUUCCGGAGCCUCGUCGGUCUGCCACCAAGAAUUGGGCGGGACACGCCUACCAACAACGACGAGGAUGACGAUGAGGAGGGAGAGGAGGGGAAGGACGCGGACAACGAGGGCAGCUGCCGGGAGCCCUACACCACCGAGCGCAUGAGUCGCGUUCCCGGCGGCUACACCUUACUCUGCGAUUCCUUCCCCGUCCUCGCCGUGGACUUCAACAACCCCCAGGAGCUGGAGGGGCUGUUCUCGCGAGCGCCGGAGCGGCGGGGAGCGCGCGUGACGUGCGGCGGCACCCUGGAUGCGAUUGUCGCCUGGUUCCGGCUGCGUCUGGACGAGGAGUCGUCGCUGAGCACGGCGCCGGGCGAGGACUCUUGCUGGGAGCAGGCGGUGUACCCGGUGACGCCCGUGCGUGGCUGGAACGGCUACACAGUGAGGGAGGGAGACACGUUGGAGAUCGAGGCCGUGUGUCGGGACGGGCACCUCGGCCUCUCCUGCGUCUCCGUGACCCCGGCGUGGGCAGCGCCGGACGCGGCGUCCCGUCGUGCCGCAGCCCGGCCGGCGCCCGGCUCAACGCCGCAACUCGACGACGCGUCGACGGCCGCGGAGGUCGCGACCCCCGAAGGGGACGGCGAGGCCUGGCUCUGCUCCGCCAUCGCGAGCCUGGGCACGGCAAGCGGGUGGGCGCCGGGCGUCGAGACGUGCGCGCUGGAGCCCUGGGAGGUGGCGCGUCUCAACGACGUCGAGCACUGGGAGGCGUUUUCCCGCGCCGCGCGGGACGCCCCGGGGAGGAGGAGCGGUGGAGCGGGGCCGCUGCGAGUGCUCGACCUCUCCGCGGGCCUCUCCGUGCUGCCACUCGUGGUGGCGCGCGCGUGCGGCGGCGGCGGCGGCGCUGACGGCGUCGGUGCCGCGAUUGUCUGCAGCUCCGCCGAGGACCCACGGAGACGGCGGGCGCUCCGUGCGUUGGCCGCCGCUAACGGCGUCGCGGCCCAGCUGAGGUUUCUGGACGACGGCGGCGGCGGCGUCGGCUCGGCUCGCGAGAAAGAAAGAGGCGGCGGUGUGCGCAGCGAGCCGGGUUGCGGGACUGCAAGCGGGGCAGCCCGGCCCCCGCCAGACGACGCGACGGAAGACGAGACGAUGGGAGAGCAGCGGCAGGAAGUGGUGGUGGUGGAGAGUGAGGAGGACGGCACGGAGGACGGCUCGUGGGACGUGAUUGUCCUGGAGGCCGUGGAGCCGACCGGCCUGCUCCGCCAGGGCCUCGUGGAGAAAGCCGCGCUCGCACGCUCCCUGCUGCGCCCGGGCGGCACUGUGCUCCCGCUGGGCGCGACGCUCGUGGGGCAGCUGCUUGAGUCGGACGCCCUGCUCAGCGACAGCGUCGCGCUGGGCUCCGGGCCCACGCUCGGUCUGCGCAUCGCCCCCUUCCUCAACCUCUUCUCGGUGCCCACGCAGGUGAACCUCGACCUCUGCACUCUGCCGGGCCGCCGGCUGAGCCGUCCGUUCGAGGUGUUCACCCUCGACCUGAUGGCGGCGGGGAGCGAGGCCGCCGCUCAGCACUGCGUCACGGCGAUCGCGGAGGAGCCCGGCCGCGUCACGGCCGUCGCUCUGUGGGUCGAGCUGCGGCUGGGCGACGGCGCCGCCGCGCUGUCGACGCUGCGCGCUCACUCGCACGUCAAGCAAGCGGCCGUGGCGCUCGAGGAGGCGCUGAGCGUGAGUGCGGGGAGCCGCGUGGAGGUGCGAGCGCACAGCCACGAGGGGGACGUGUCGCUCGCGUGCGGCGUCGCCCCCGCCGCGGCAACCACGACAGCGGCCCUCCCCUAGGGGGGGGGGCCUCCACGCCGAUCGGGCGUUACCGCCGCAGCUGUUGCCGCUUGCACUUGAUCAGUGCGGCGAAAGGUGCUUGCGGCGGUGGGUUAGCACGGUUGACUAUGCGUGUUGCGAAAGAAGUUCAACGUACGGACACGGCCGCUGCCGCCACGAUUGUGCCCGCCACAGCCAUGCCCACGCCAAGACGUUGCGGGGGCUAGAAGAACAGACGAAAUGGAAAUGAGUAGUGAAAAGUCAAAUGGAUGAAUGUUCGCGUCGCACGGCUUGCCAUACGUUGGCACUCGGCCGCGUGAUGGAUACAUCAAUCGAAUUUCGAUUCCGUGUUCUUCACGCUUGGGAUAUGGAAGGCAGCAAAAUGGGGCAAAGGAAAUAAACUAAUAUCAACUCCAGAAAUGAGGGAGGUGCGGUACGAGACGAACGCACGGAGCGAGUGUAGAGACGACACGGGCAUUGAGCGAUGGACGUCUACGGAGAUUCAAAGCAUUCAGCGUCCCGACUCCUCACUCGGAUUCGUCAAGUUUGUACAGUUAUUUGCCAAAUUAGCAUAGAAUUAACGAUUCGUUUAAUUCAUUAUUUCCCUGUACUUCUAUACUCCGAUGUCUAUGCCCCCCGUCUUAACCAGCCUAAACUAUUUUUUUUAUUUUACAAGGUCAGGCCCACUGAGCUGUAUAGCUCUUUUUUCAGAAGCGACCGGGGCCACAAACGAUAGGUCAACGAAGUGGCUUUUCGUGUGGACAUUUAUAGCA